AGAAUAUAAAACGGUGAAGAAAAGCGGCGAUUUUUAAGGAGACGUCAUGCUUUCUGCAACUCCCCUGUAUGGCAACGUUCAUAGCUGGAUGAGCAAUGAAAGGGUCCGCAUGUGUGGAAUUAAUGAAGACAGGAAAAUUCCCGUUAACGAUAGUGAUGCACCGAAAAGCAGACUGGAGUUGAGGGAAGAAAAUCACCUGAAUCACAGUGUGGUGGAUGCGACUACAGCACAUCGCAUUGACAGUCUUGCAGCUCUGAGUAUGGACAGGUCUGGACUCAUGCGAGAAGGACUCAGAGUCCCCGGUAGUAUUGUCUAUUCCAGCUUGUGUGGACUCAGCUCAGAAAAAUCACGGGAUGCUACAAGUUCGAUAGCCGGGCUUGGAUUUACCCCUGAAAGAAAUCCAGAGAUACAGUUUAAGUCUAAUCCCCCUGAAGCGGUAGAAAACGCAGCUGUCUCUGGAAAGGCGCCGAAUGGCUUCAGUGCUAUAUACAAAACACCACCUGGAAUACAAAAAAACUCUGUCCCGACAGGGGAGACGCUGGGUUUGGACCGAGCUGCGGGUGACAAGCAGAGUCCCCUCGGUGUCAAUGGUGCUAGUUACCUAAGGCUCCCCUGGGUAAACCCCUAUAUGGAGGGUGCGACGCCCACCAUAUACCCUUUCCUUGACUCACCAAAUAAGUAUUCGUUGAACAUGUACAAGGCAUUGCUACCUCAGCAGUCCACCUACAGCUUACCGCAGCACCUGGCUUACUCGCCCGUAUGUACGAACGGUGAACGUUUUUUAUACCUGCCUCCCUCCCACUACGUUGCCCCCCACAUCCCUUCAUCGCUUGCGUCGCCCAUGAGGCUCUCAACUGCUUCGGCUUCACCGGCGAUCCCACCUUUGGUGCACUGUCCGGAUAAGAGCUUGUCAUGGAAGAUGGGCGUCAGCCCUGGCAACCCCGUCGACGCACAUGCCUACCCCCACAUCCAGAGCAGCAAGCAGCCCCGGGUCCCUGCCACCAAGCCGGCACCCACCAACAUGCCGGCGGAUCCCACGCUCCUGCUGCCACACUCACCCCGGCCGUCCCCCCGCCUGCCCCUGCCCACCCAGGCCGGGGACGCCUACACCGAUUUCCACAAACACUUCCCCAGGAUCACCACCUCUCCAUCCUCCGCUGUGACCCUCCCAAAGACGUACGUGAACGUCGGCGGUGAAUUUCCACCUUCCCGCCUCUCCAAUGGGAAGCUCCCCAAAGGCAGCGAUGCUGGGGAGGGCCCCCCGCCAGCCACCCCCCAUGUGCGGAAAGCUGGCCACGACCGGAAAGAUGGCAGGUCCCCUCCGCUCCUGGAAAAGCAGACCCCGACCAAAGAUGUCACAGACAAACCAUUGGACUUGUCAGCGAAAGUUGUUGAUGCGGAAACCGCUGGCAAGUUGGACCACAGCAAGAAAAUGACGCCGACGGUGCUGGUGCACAGCAGGGCGGGAGCAGGGACGCACCUGCCCGGCAGCGACAUGGUUCAGAAGGAAACCAUUUCUCCCGGGAAUGGCUGCCCCAUCUACAGGCCUGAAAUUAUCAGCACGGCACCGUCCUCCCGGAUCGUUCCCGGUCCCCGCCCCGGCGGGGACACCCCAGCAUCUGCGUCGCCAGCUCCCAAUGCCAAUGUGGAUUGCGCCAAGAUGGUCAGGAGCUCUGCAGAGAGCGCUGCCUCCGUCAUACAGCACGUUGGGCAGCCUGUCGCUGCCCCAGCGAAACACAGCAAUAAGGUGGCCAAAUCCUGCAGCCAGGAAGCCAGCUUCAAGACGAAUGAGACCGCCCUGGCCUCCAGCCCCAUCUUCCUGCCACCCAAUGAGGCGUUUCGCUCCCCACCUCUGCCCUACCCCAGGAGCUACCUCCCGUACCCGGUGCCAGAGGGGAUAGCCAUCAGCCCUCUCUCCCUUCAUGGGAAAGGACACGUGUAUCCGCACCCCGUCUUGCUGCCCAGCGGCAGCCUCUACCCCGGCCACCUAGCUCCCAAACCCGGCCUCCCCUACAGCCUGCCGGCAGGGCGGGGAGAGUUCAUGACCUACCAGGAUGCGCUGGGGAUGGGGAUGGUGCACCCCAUGCUGCUGCAGCAUUCGGCUUUGGAGAUAAAUAAGGAGGAGAAGGCUGAAAGGAGGUCGCGGUCUCACGAGAGGUCCCGCUAUGAGGACCCAGCUCUACGGGGCCGGUUGCCGGAGCUCCUGGAGAAUAGUGGGAAGAUGCAUUUCGAAGUACCUGGUGACAAGAGUGUGAAAUUGCACCAGAGCUCUGGCCACGGUAAAAACUCUGCCAAAAGUGACAAACACCUCUUCCCAGAUCUUCUGCGAGACGAGCAAGAGUCUAAAAGUGAAGUGAAUGUGAUGAAAGCCGGCUUUGCUGUGGAAAGCAGUAAUCAGGCUAAUGACCCUACAAAGCACAAGGUAGAACAGGCGUCGCAGCACAGAGAUUUUAUUGUAAUGAGAGAGGAGUUUGGAAGAAAUAAUGAUCUUCAGGAAACCUAUAAUUUCAAGCAAGCCCAGAGUUCAUCGGUGUUCGGCUUAAGGAAAGACGAUUUAUCUGUGAGCCAGCCUAAAGAGAGAGUGACGGUCCAGCCUUCGCCUGCUUUCUUGGAAAGCGCUCACGAGAGCGAUGCUCCGACUCUGGCUUUUGGCAAGGUGCAGGAGGACGCGAAGCCGUUCUGCAUGGGGACUGCGCCGCCGAGCAUCGACGCCAGCCAGGCUUAUACCAAAGACGGAGCCGACGACGUAGAAUCUGCUGACGGCAAAAUAUUGAAACCCAAGCCGUCUAAGUUAGCCAAGAGGAUCGCAAACUCUGCUGGUUAUGUAGGCGAUCGAUUCAAGUGCGUGACGACGGAGCUGUACGCAGACUCCAGCCAGCUGAGCCGGGAACAGCGAGCGUUGCAGAUGGAAGGAUUACAAGAGGACAGUAUUUUAUGUCUACCUGCUGCUUACUGUGAGCGUGCAAUGAUGCGCUUCUCAGAGUUGGAGAUGAAAGAGAGAGAAGGCCAAACAGCUACCAAAGACUCAGAGGUCUGCAGAUUCAGCCAGGCAGACUGGGAAAACUUGAAAGGAAACAGUGAAAAGAAGCCAAAGUCUGUCGCUCUGGAAGAUGCCAUUGCUGACCAAAAUGACAAUGACAGAUGUAACUUUACUAGUACAGAAAACAACCAAGGUCACUUCCUUGAUACUCCAGAGGAAAAAGAUCUCUCAAAUGAGAAAUGUUAUUUAGAGAGACAUUCUAUAUAUGAAAAAGAGGAAGAACAGCCAACAGAAGAUAUUGGCCAAUAUCCAUGUCCACGUCUGGACAGGAAGCGUAAACACUCUGGUGAGAGAGUACAAAAUGAUGGGAGCCAAAAUGAAAACUUUGUGGAUGAACUGCAGGAUGAACUUAUAUCAAAAGCAAAAAAGAAGAAGAACUCCAAAGAUGACUGGCCUGAGAGGGAAAUGACAAACAGUUCCUCUAACCACUUAGAAGAGCCCAGUUGUAAUGAGGUGACCAACCUGAAGGUGUGCAUUGAAUUAACAGGGCUCCAUCCCAAAAAGCAGCGUCACCUGCAGCAUCUUAGGGAACUAUGGGAGCAGCAGGUGUCACCAGAGAGAUCCCCGUCCGGCAAGUUGGGCCGGCAAAGCAGGAAAGAUUUAGCUGAGGCUGUUCAGCCAGAGGCCACUGCAAAGGUCAAAGACUUCACAGAAGAAAGGCACACCAAGAAAAGGUCAGAGGCCAAAAGCAAUAGAAGUUGGUCUGAAGAGUCCCUCAAAACAAGUGACAAUGAACAAGGCUUGCCCGUAUUCCCAGUGUCUCCGCACAUGAAGAGCCUUUCAUCCACCAAUGCAAACAGCAAAAGGCAGGCUCAGCCAAGCUGUACGCCAGCCUCGAGGUUGGCUGCCAAACAGCAGAAAAUUAAAGAAAGCCGGAAGACAGAUGGGCUGUACACAGACGAAGAGGAGGAUUUCCAACACGCAUCUCUGCUGCAGAAAUACAGCGAGUGUGAGAAGCCACCAGGGAAACGUCAGUGUAAAACAAAACACUUGGCACUGCAGGAGAGGAGAAGGAGGUCAUCUCUGACAGGGGAUGACACCACAGAUAUCGAAAAUGCUGAAGAUAAGGUCGCGGUAACGAGGAAAGUCAGGAAGCGACCAGAGCCUACUUCAGACUGUGACUCCUCGCCAACCAAGUCAUAUGAGCAGAAGCUGUACGAUCGCCUGCAGCAGACUCCCUCAUUGCUCCCUGUCUCACAGCCUUCGCAGCUGCCGGUCGUGAGCCCCCCUCAGGAGAGCACCCCGAGCCGGCCCAUGCCACCCGAAGCACGGAGGCUCAUUGUCAAUAAGAACGCAGGGGAAACGCUGCUGCAGCGGGCGGCACGCCUGGGGUAUGAGGAAGUGGUUCUGUAUUGUUUGGAAAACAAGGUGUGUGAUGUGAAUCAUCGUGACAAUGCGGGUUACUGUGCCCUGCAUGAGGCCUGUGCCAGGGGCUGGCUGAGCAUCGUGCGGCAUCUCCUUGAGUACGGGGCUGACGUCAACUGCAGCGCUCAGGAUGGAACCAGACCUAUUCAUGAUGCAGUUGAAAAUGAUCACUUGGAAAUUGUCCGCCUGUUACUGUCCUAUGGUGCUGAUCCAACGCUUGCGACCUACUCUGGGAGGACCAUCGUGAAAAUGACCCACAGUGAGCUCAUGGAGACCUUCCUCACAGAGUAUUUAACUGACCUGCAAGGUCGGAGUGUUGAUGACCCUGGUUUGUACUGGGAUUUCUAUGGCAGCUCUGUGUGCGAUCCAAAAGAUGAUUCUGGAUUUGACGUCUUGGCAAAUCCUCCUGGCCCAAGUGACGAAGAUGAAGAUAGCUUUAGUGACGUGUUUGAAUUUGAAUUUUCAGAUGAACCUCCCUUGCCGUGUUACAACAUUCAAGUGUGUCUCUCUCAGGGACCGCGAAACUGGCUUUUGCUCUCGGACGUGGUGAAGAGGCUAAAAAUGUCAUCUCGCAUCUUCCGCUGCAACUUCCCCAAUCUGGAAGUUGUCACCAUCACGGAGGCAGAGUUUUACAAACAGACUUCCCUCAGCCAGUUGUUCUCUUGUGCUACGGACCUUGAAGCUUUUAACCCGGAGAGCAAAGAGCUGUUGGACUUGGUAGAGUUCACAAGCGAGCUCAAGACCUUGCUCGGCUCCUCGCUUCACUGGUUGCAUCCACACGAGGACUCUCCCUUUGACAUCCUCUGGUGAACCAUCAGGCCAUUUAAUGUACAGUGCUCUAUAAAGUUACUACUUUAUGUAUAUGUGUUCAAAUGCAAUUGUUUCUGUAAAGAAAGGACACUAUUAAAUAUGAAAAUAUCUUUCCUUUAUAUAAGAAAUCUGAACUCCAGUUGGAUGGAUUUUGGAAGAAUUUUUUUUUAAAUUCAAUCAGUUUUUACAAAAUUGUUAUAUAAUGUUUCUUUAAAUGCACACAGGCUUUGGGAUAAGUUUGUUAUUACUCGGAACACUUUUUUUUUUUUAAAGAACACACCCACACAUUGACUUUGUUUCAUACAAAGCACUGAUUACACAGAACAUACUUUUUCUAGGUGAUGUGAUCAAAGUCAUGUGGCUUGUUUGGGAGACAGAAUUCGGUAAGGCACUUGGUGUUAUUAUUUUUCUUCUUUUGUUUACAGAAUUACCUGCUUUGGCCAGGUAAGCACUAUUGAAUAUAAUUCAAUAGUUUGUAAUAUAAAUUAAACCAUAUCCAUACACAUCAACUAAUUGUAAGAACUUUUAUAUCCUAAUUUAAAAGCUGUGAAAUUUAGUUUUCACACAUCAAACCAGAUUGUUUGUAUAUGUUUAAACAUUUUAUGCUCUUUAUUUAAAGAAGACUUUGAACUAUUUUUUCUGUACCUUGUAAAAUAUUGAAAAACUAACAUAUGUUGAAGUUGCUUGAAACUGUACAUAAACUAAAUUUUCUGAAUUGUGUGUUUAUGUUUGAGAUCUGUGUUUUAACUUUGUAAGUAAAUCUCCUGCCUUUGUAUUUAUAUUUUACAAAAAUUUUCUUAAAGGCAAUAAAACUGUUGAGAAAUGAA